AUGACUGAUUUUAUAUCGGGCUCCACCACUAUCCAGCAGCUAAAUUCCACACAGAUUGUUCUUGUUCCACAAGUGGCCAAUACAGAACUCGUGACACAGCACAGACCUAUUAGCUUAUGCAACUACUCAUACAAGAUUUUAUCAAAGGUCCUUGCAAACAGGCUGAAUCUCCUCCUCCAAGUUAUUAUAUCUCCAACUCAAAACACAUUUGUUCCAACUCGACAGAUACAAGACAACAUUUUAGUGCCUCAUGAGGUCUUUCACUACCUCAAACUCAGAAAGUCAACCAAGAAAUUUGAGAUGGGCGUAAAGCUUGAUAUGAACAAGGCAUAUGACCGUGUUGAGUGA